AUGGCACCCACUGUUACUAAUGUUGCAGAGAAAACCCGAAUGAAAGACAGCCCAAACGAGACAGAGCUCACGUCGAAUAAAAAUGCCCAUGAAAAGGAGAAGCCGUUUGAAUGUGAGACCGAGAAAAAAACGGACGAGAAAGAAGAUAAGAAGGUCGAGCAAGAGGAACCGAAAGAAGAUGCCUUAGAAAACGAGAAGGAUGUACCGGUCGAGGCUGAACAGAAAACCGGAAUUACUUUUCCGGUCAUGCUGAUCAAUGGGAAGAAGCUGAAUUCUGUUGGCCUGAGGAAGAAAAGCAUGCUCGGGAUCGGGAUCAAGAUAUACGCCUUUGGGAUAUAUGCAGACAAUGAGAAAAUGAAAGACCUUCUGAGUACGAAAGUCGGAAAAACACCAUCCAAAGCAACAAAGGAAAUGUAUCAAAUCGUGAUAGAUAGCGAUGUGGAUAUGAUGGUUCGACUGGUUAUUGUUUUCUCCGGACUUACCAUGAGCAUGGUGAGGAAGAACUUUGAUGAAGGCCUGGGAGCAUCCAUCAAGAAGCUUACGGGAGGGAAGAACGAUAAGCUCACGAAGAAGAUUAUGGGAGAAGCGUUGGAUGACAUAAAGCUUACCCCAGGAUCUGUGAUUGAGAUAUCCAGGCUUCCAGGAUAUACUCUCCAAACAAAAGUUAUGAAUGAGGUUGUGAGCACAGUCGAAAGUGAGUUGCUCUGCAGGGCAUACAUACAUAUGUAUUUGGGAGACGAUCCCCUUGACAAAGAAGCAAAGGAAAAAUUCGGGGCAUCCCUUCUUUCUCUUUUCUAA